CCCGGCCAGCCACAACAAAUGAUGAGAAGCCGAUGACAAACAAUCGAGGAUCGAGGGAUACAUAAAGAGGGGACAUCCCGCUAACCAGUCCUCUGCUCCCUAACAUCGAUUUCCCUGAGGUCGAGCCCCCUUCCCUGGCACUUUUUUGCCCUAGUCCGCCUCAGCGCUUCGAAUCGCCUUACCCCGCACUCGGCAAGAGCAAACUAGACCAAGACAAGAUGCGACGACAGAUUGCCCUGCAGCGUCUCGCCGUCUCACCUUCUUCUCGUCUCAGCCUCAACCAGCGCGGCCUUGCUACCGUCGUCAACUCCACUUCACCUUCUCAUCCUCUUGCGACCAGCAGCGAUGGUGUCAAGGUCGAGCCCUUCCUCCUGGAAGACCUGGCUCCCACCCUAAGCCCAGAUGGACUGAAGCGUCUCCCUCAGUUUACGAUCAGCCGCAAGGCCGGCUUCCUCCCGCGUGAGGACCCACUCGUCACCCUUCCCCCUGCUUUCGACAGGCUCGACUCCCUGCUCAAACGCAUGACGAUCAAGCAGUACGAUCCUCUGACCAACAAAAAGACCGGACCAGGCCUCCUUGCUCAGGGUCAGUACGGGGACGCCGUUCUCUCCGAGCUCAAAGUCAACGGGCCCGAGGUCCAAGCAGUCGAUAAGGCCAUCGCCUCUGGUGAUCAACGCCUGCUCUCUGCCCUGUUCCGAGACUACUGUUUUGCAACUUCUGCAUACCUGUUUGAGCCGACAGACAUCUCUUAUCGCAAGACCGGCCUCUACUCCCCGGGAAGGGAUGUCCUGCCUGCUCAGCUGGCUGUCCCGCUCAAGAAGCUGGCUGAUGCGCUUGGACAUCAGCCCUUCAUGGAGUAUGCCUCCAGUUACGCCCUCGUGAACUACAAGUUCCGCGACCUUUCACUCACCACCUCCCACCCAGAGGGGAAGGAAGCAGGUCGCUAUUCAUUCCCUAACCUCGACCUCAUCCGCUCCUUCCAAGACCCCUAUGGAAGCGAGCGCGGCUUCAUCGCCGUGCACAUCACCAUGGUCUCCUUCUCUGGUCAGGCAGUAUCGUCUACCGAAGACAUCCUCGCCGCGGCCAUCCGCCAGGAUCUGCCUGCUGUAGAGGCUGGGAUGGAGUCGCUAUUGAACACGUAUCGCAAGAUCAAUGCAGUCAUGGAGAGCAUGUGGGGUCGUAGCAAGCCUUCCGACUAUCUGAGCUUCCGCACGUUCAUCUUCGGGACUGCGCCAAAGAAGGGCAAUCCGAUGUUCCCACAGGGAGUGAGAUACGAGGGAGUAAGGGAGGAGCCUUUCCACCUACGAGGAGAGAGUGGAGCGAACGACUCGUUGGUACCUCUACUGGACAACUUGUUGGAGAUUACGGCCAGCCUGCCGAAGAAUGAAUUGACGGACACGCUCCGCGAGUUCCGUAAGUCCGCAGCGGAGAAUGCAGGUUACCGAGUGAGAGCUUGCGCUGAUUCGAAAGCUACUGCUCUCUCACAUUGAUAGGUUCCUAUCGUCCCGCAACCCAGCGCGAAUACAUCAAUCUUCUCGAACAUCGUGCCCGCCACGCCAACAUCAAAUCUCUCUGCCUCGACGGGGGCAGCGCCAAGGCCAAGGC